AUGGCGGCGGCCGCGGCUCCGGCGCCCGCGGACGAGCUGGUCUCGUCGGUCACUCUGUACCGCCGGAGGCCGCGGCUCCUUCACGCCACCGUCUUCCCUUUCGUGGCGGUGUUUUACCCGGCUUGGCUGUGGCUGGGGGCGCCGAGAGUGUGGGAGGCGCUGGGGGAGGCGGCGGCCGGGGAUGAGGAGGGAGGCCCGAGGCCGGGCCCCGCUGCCCCCGAGGCCGCGCUCUUCGCUCUCGCCGCCAUCGUCGUCGUUCAUCUGCUGACGGCGCUGUCGGGGCUCUGGUCGGUGCACGCUCACUGCGCCCUGACCUGCGUGCGGGAGCCUUGUCCCAGGAAGGCCACGUUGGCCAAGGUUGUGCCGACACCGAAUAACGGAUCAGCUGAGCUGGUGCCUCUGCACCGAGAGCGGGAUGAGGACGGGCAGGAGGCUCUUUCCUUUGAAUUCCAGAAAAUCAAGUACUCCUGUGAGCUGGAAGGCAAGAAGCAGUUCCUCCCUGUAGCUUUCCCUGUGGAACACCCCCUCUCUUACUACCAGAGUGCCAGAGGCUACCAGGAGGACAAAGAGAUCCGGGCAGCUGAGAGGAAAUACGGGACAAACAAGGCUGAGAUGGUGGUGCCAGAGUUCCUGGAACUCUUUAAGGAACGAGCCACAGCUCCGUUCUUCGUGUUCCAGGUGUUCUGUGUGGGGCUGUGGUGCCUGGAUGAGUACUGGUACUACAGUGUCUUCACCCUGUCCAUGCUGGUGGCGUUUGAAGCCUCUCUGGUGCAGCAGCAGAUGAGGAACAUGUCAGAGAUCCGGAAGAUGGGCAACAAGCCGUACAUGAUCCAGGUUUACAGGAGCCGCAAGUGGCGUCCGAUCUCCAGCGACGAGAUCAUCCCCGGGGACGUCGUGUCCAUCGGCCGAUCCCCCCACGACAACCUGGUGCCCUGUGACGUGCUGCUGCUGCGGGGCAGGUGCAUUGUGGACGAAGCGAUGCUGACAGGGGAGUCUGUGCCCCAGAUGAAGGAGCCUGUGGAGGAUCUGAGCCCAGAGCACGUCCUGGACAUGCAGACAGAUUCCCGCCUGCACAUCAUCUUCGGGGGCACCAGAGUGGUGCAGCACAUCCCACCCCAGAAAGCCAGCACAGGGCUGAAACCUGUGGACAAUGGAUGUGUGGCCUAUGCUCUGAGGACUGGCUUCAACACCUCUCAGGGGAAGCUGCUACGUACAAUCCUCUUUGGGGUGAAGAGAGUGACGGCCAACAACCUGGAGACCUUCAUUUUCAUCCUGUUCCUGCUGGUCUUUGCCGUCGCGGCUGCAGCCUACGUCUGGGUCGAAGGCACCAGGGAUCCCAGCAGGAACCGCUACAAGCUCUUCCUGGAGUGCACUUUGAUCCUCACUUCGGUCGUUCCACCCGAGCUCCCCAUUGAGCUCUCCCUGGCUGUCAACACCUCCCUCAUCGCCUUGGCCAAGCUCUACGUGUACUGCACGGAGCCCUUCCGCAUCCCCUUCGCAGGCAAAGUCCAGGUUUGCUGCUUUGACAAGACUGGCACCUUGACCAGCGACCACCUCGUGGUGAGAGGAGUGGCUGGGCUCAGGGAUGGGAAGGAAGUGACACCAGUGUCUGACAUCCCUGUAGAGACCCACCGAGCCAUCGCCACGUGCCACUCGCUCGUGCAGCUGGAUGAUGGGACGCUGGUGGGAGACCCCUUGGAGAAGGCCAUGUUGAUGGCUGUGGACUGGACCCUGACCAAAGAUGAGAAAGUUUUCCCCAGGAGUAUUAAAACUCAGGGACUGAAAAUUCACCAGCGCUUUCAUUUUGCCAGUGCCCUGAAGAGAAUGUCUGUGCUGGCGUCCUAUGAGAGGAUCGGCUCCACUGACCUCUGUUACAUUGCAGCUGUGAAAGGGGCCCCAGAGACGCUGCAUGGAAUGCUGUCCCAGUGCCCAAGCAACUACCACACCGUCCACAGGGAAAUGUCACACGAGGGGGCAAGAGUGCUGGCCCUUGGCUACAAGGAACUGGGGCACCUCACUCACCAGCAGGUGCGAGAGAUGAAGCGCGAAGCUCUGGAGUGUGACCUUCGCUUUGUUGGCUUCAUCGUGGUUUCCUGCCCUCUCAAAGCUGACUCCAAAUCAGUCAUCAGGGAGAUCCAGAAUGCAUCACACCACGUAGUGAUGAUAACAGGAGACAAUCCUCUCACUGCCUGCCACGUGGCCAGGGAGCUGCACUUCCUGCAGCGGGAGCAGACCCUCAUCCUGCAGCCUCCCGCCAGCAAAGGCUGCAGCUGGCACUGGAGGUCCUUGGAUGGCGCCGUGGAGCUGCCCGUCCUGCCCACCCCCCUGCAAGAGCUGACGCGGCGCUACGACCUGUGUGUCACCGGGGAAGGGCUCUCUCACCUCCACUCUGUGAGCAGCCAGCAGCUCCUGAAGCUCAUCCCACACAUCCAGGUGUUUGCCAGAGUGGUGCCCAAGCAGAAGGAGUUUGUCAUCACCACCCUGAAGAGCCUGGGCUACGUCACGCUCAUGUGUGGGGACGGGACCAACGACGUGGGAGCUCUGAAACACGCGGACGUGGGAGUGGCUCUGCUGGCCAAUGCUCCCGAGAGGCUGCCUGAGAGGAAGAGGAGAGCUCGGGACGCAGCUCGGGACGGCCCCAGCGAGGGGCGGCCGGUCCCAGCCCCCGGCAGCGUCGCCCCCAAGCCCAGCUCCCGUGGUGCCAAGCACAGGGUCCUGUCCCAGAGGGAGGAGCAGUUGGCCAUCCAGAGGGAGCGCAUCAGCCAGGUGCUGAAGGAUCUGGAAGAGGAGCGUGUGCCGGUGGUGAAGCUGGGCGACGCCAGCAUCGCGGCUCCCUUCACCUCCAAGCUCUCCUCCAUCCAGUGCAUCUGCCACGUGAUCAAGCAGGGCCGCUGCACGCUGGUGACCACGCUGCAGAUGUUCAAGAUCCUCGCCCUCAACGCCCUGAUCCUCGCCUACAGCCAGAGCGUCCUCUACCUGGAAGGGGUGAAGUUCAGUGAUUUUCAGGCCACUCUGCAGGGGCUGCUCCUGGCUGGCUGCUUCCUCUUCAUCUCCAGGUCCAAGCCUUUGAAGACCCUUUCCAAGGAGCGGCCGCUGCCCAACAUCUUCAACCUGUACACGGUGCUGACGGUGCUGCUGCAGUUCCUGGUGCAUUUCCUCAGCCUCGUGUUCCUGUACCGAGGAGCUCAGGCUCGGAGCGAUGCCAGACAGGAGGAGUUUGUGGAUCUGUACAAGGAGUUUGAGCCCAGCCUUGUGAACAGCACCAUCUACAUCAUGUCCAUGGCCAUGCAGAUGGCCACAUUUGCCAUCAACUACAAGGGCCACCCUUUCAUGGAGAGUCUGCAGGAGAACAAACCUCUGCUGUGGAGCAUCAUCCUCUCGGGCCUGGCCAUCGUGGGCCUCCUCACGGGCUCGUCCCCAGAGUUCAACGAGCAGUUUGGUUUAGUGGAAAUCCCCACCGAGUUCAAGGUGGUGAUCACAGAGGUGCUGCUGGCUGACUUCUUCCUGGCUCUGUUGGUGGAUCGGACCCUUCAGUUCCUGCUGGGCAGCGCCAGACUCAAAGUGCCUUCCUGAAGGAGGGGAAGGUCCUGGGCCCCGUCCCUCCUGGCCACGAGCGCAGGGCUGGGAGCGUUCUCUCCUCGCUCCCAGGGCCAGCAGCUCCGGGGACUCUCCAGCCCUGUUUAACGUUCCCCAGGACGUGGCAGCGACUGGGGGGGGUUUAUUUGCCCCCCCAGCCUGGUUCAGGACACGCUGCCGCGGUUUGGUCACUAAACAAACACGAGUCCAUGUGUUUUGAA